GCGAUGUUGGAUGUUUCGUGCGCGGCUGUUGAAUAUAUAUUCGAGGUGAGGCGGCUUGCGUUUGUUGAUGUUGUUGCGAGAAAUGGUGUUUGAAAUCGGUACAUAACCUUUGCCGAAAGUCGCAGCUCUGAAACACCCCUUUUUUCGAACAACCAUAAGAAAACUGUAGUGGAAAAAAUAAACUGUAAGAGAAAUUAUCAUCCGAAAGAGUUUGCAGUUGCAGUUUUUUGGCGUUGUUUGACCCGUCCAAAUUGAAUCGACAAGUGAAACCAAACCGACGAUGCUUGGGACUAAUUAUGCAUGAUGUCCAAAAGGCUGGCUGCGUUGAGAUGAUCGCCCGAGAGCACGUGCUAGUGGUGGUAGUGAUACAGAGGUGCGUUUUCAGGUUUAAUUCGUGAACAUGAAUAAAAACAACGCGAACAGUGAAUUACACUAAUUAAGUAUUCUCGUUGUGAUAGUAGUGGUAAAACCGUGUACUACCUACAUACUGUUAGUAGACAGAUCAUUUUGCAAACCAUCAACAUUCACUGCUGAUGCUGGUAGAGAGAGAGCCAGUUGUGUGUGAUCAUCUGCCAUUUAGAGUUGGACGCUUGGAACUCGCCUUUGAGCAUUGAUGAUGCUAAACAGUUGUGUUCUGCUGUGGCCUACCUUGAAUUAAGUCAACUUCAAAGGUUGAUCAUUGAACCGUGCCUUUGAAGAAAGCUACGAUUGACUUAAAACAACGAAUCAAAUUUAUCCGGAUGGAAAUGGUUGUGUAAUAAGUGUAAUUCGUAGCCAACUGCCACCCACAACGACAAGUAGCAAAAAUGAACAUCAGUCGGAACUUGGCCAUCGAGUAUCAACGGCUUUCGCAGCGGGACCACGCGGCUGACGAAGAGGACAGCUUCGGCGAGUCGGAUUCUGACACAUCUGGUGAGGUGGAAAAGUGGAGCCUUACCAAAACGGGGAAAACUAUUAUUGCCGGUGCAAGGUCGGCCUUUGCUGGGGACAGGAAAAACGGGCAACAACGACCAAAGGAAAUCGAUUUAGAACGCUCCAGCAAACGGAGGAGAAGGAUGAGAAUCGAUCUGUAUGAGGAACUGGUAGGCUCGAAAAAGCGGAAUACCAAAAAGUACCUUCUGAUAGGAGGUGCUGUCGUUAUCGUGUUGGCCGUGAUUAUCACUUUGGUCGUUGUACUGACUGGUAAGGACGAAAAAACUGAUAACGGCGAUAAUGCGCCGAUAGACAAAACGGGCGAUCCCAUCACGUUGGAGGAGUUUCUUACCGGAAAACUAUCAUCUCGGGGAUUUAGCGGACAGUGGUCUCCCAGCGGGAAGGUCAUCUCCAGGGAUGACGUUGGUCGGGUUCUUGCAUAUGACCCAGUUAGCAACAAAACGGAAACCCUGCUGGAUACGGACAACGAGGACUAUCUCAUGGGAUUCAAGUUUGAUCUCUCGGCUGAUGAGCGAUACCUUUUAAUAGCUCGUGGUUACAGUAAAAUUUUCCGGCACAGCUUCCUAGCUAUUUAUGAUAUCUUCGAUCUGGAGACAAAGCGAAUCAUUCCCAUCAAUGUCGGAGGAGAAAGGAAACCCCUGAACGUAGUGGAGUGGAGUCCGGUAGAAAAUUCCUUCAUCUUUGUUCAUCAGAACAAUUUGUACUAUAAGGCAUCACCGAACGACCCAGAAGUUCAAAUCACGACCGAUGGAGCGCAGAGCGUGUACAACGGUAUUCCCGAUUGGGUCAACGAAGAGGAAGUGUUCUCGACCAACAUUGCCACCUGGUUCUCUCCGGAUGGCAAGAAGAUUGCUUUCAUCAAAUUCAACGACGUCAACACCAAGCUGAUGAAAAUCCCCAUCUAUGGACCGCCAGGUAAUCCGGAAUUCCAGUACCCACACGAACUAUCGCUGCAUUAUCCUAAGGCCGGAACUCCCAAUCCGGUUGUCAACCUCUACCAAGUUGAUCUCGCUAAACCAACGGAAAAGAUUGAAAUCAAACCUCCAACUGCCCUGGUAACGCCCCAGAAUGAUCACAUCAUCACUUCCGUUGGCUGGGCUACCGGUAAUCGGGUGAUCGCAAUUUGGAAGAACCGAGUCCAAAACCAUGCCAUCAUAACGUCUUGCGACGAAGCCAACACCUGUGAAGACCUUAAGGAAAUCAAGACCGACGGCUGGUUGGAACUGUUCAGUGCCCCGAUCUUCAACAAAGAUGGCUCCCAGUUUGUGAUCAUUAGCUCCCAGCAGCAACCCGGAGAUGCCGGUGGUUUCAAUCAUGUCACCAUGAUUGGAACGACGGGUAAAACCAGCGUACCAAUAACCAGUGGCAAGUAUGUGGUGCACGAGAUUCUCAAAUGGGACCCGGAUACGAACCAGAUCUUCUACGUUGCCAACACCGAACAGGAUUCGCACGAGAUGCACGUUUAUGCGGUAGCGGGGGCAGAAGGUGCUACGCCUCAGUGUUUGAGCUGUUCCGUUGAAUCCAGUCCGAAGCAAACGUACUUCAAUGCCCAGAUGAGCCCCAAGGGUAACUUCGUGGUGCUGGAAGCCAAGGGACCGGGCGUUCCCUGGAGCGAGAUGUUCGAGUGGAGCUUUGCCAAUAACGCUGUAACCCUCAAACCUGUAAAAUCGUUAGAAUCCAACACUGCACUUCGAACUCUAUUGGAGGGCAAAGCCAUGCCUCAGGUUCAGUAUCAUGAAAUCGAUCUGGGCAACGGAUUCACCUCAAAGGUGAUGCUGCUGGUUCCGGCUGGAGCGGACCUGACCGGAAAAGUGAAAUACCCUCUGCUGGUUGAUGUUUACGGAGGACCUAAUUCAUACGCCGUUACCAGUUCCUGGUCCAUCGGAUGGGGUCAUCACAUGAGCUCAAAUCGCUCGAUCAUUUACGCCAAGAUCGAUGGCCGGGGUUCGGGAUUGAGGGGUGAGAAGCUACUCUUCCAAAUCAAUCGCCGGCUGGGAACUGUGGAAAUUGAGGAUCAAAUAACCACUGCUAAGAAAUUGUCGGAAAAAUUGCCUUUCAUUGAUCCUGCUAGGGCUGCCAUCUGGGGAUGGAGCUAUGGAGGGUAUGCUUCUGCGAUGUCACUGGCCAAGGAUGAUGGGGGCGUUUUCAAGUGUGCUGCUUCAGUGGCUCCAGUCACGGAUUGGACUUUCUACGAUUCCAUCUACACGGAGCGCUACAUGGGACUGCCGACCGUUGCUGACAACAAACUUGGCUACGAGCAGUCGCGAUUAACGGCUCUGUAUGAAAAGUUCAGAAAUCGAAAGUACAUGCUCAUCCAUGGAACCUACGACGAUAACGUCCACUUCCAACAGGCAAUGCAGUGGUCGCGAGCUCUCGAAACCCACGAUAUUAUGUUCAAACAAGUGAGCUACCCGGAUGAAGAUCACAGCUUGGCCGGCGUUCGACCGCACCUGUACCACACCCUGGGUCGGUUCUUCAGCGAGUGUUUCGACCUGGGCAACUAGCGCCACCUUUACGCCCUGGAUGGCGACUACUUUCAGCAGAUGUACUUUUUACCUUCGAACGAUUCUUCCAGCAGCAAAGACUUAGCCAGCUAUCUGUGAAAACUGCGCUGCCAAUAAACAGAAUGCCCCAGCAGUUUUGUAAAUACCUUAUAGAUUGGAACAACACAUAAACGGAACCAUGUACAUAAUCGUUAGCCGCCAACCUAGAAACUGGUUCAGAUUGUUAAUGUUGUUAAUUUUAAAACCUUUUAACUGUAAAUAAGAGACUUGAUGUGAGAGAAAAUCAGGAGCAUUAUAAUGUUGUAGUUCAUAUGUAGCUGUUAGCAUUUGAAGAUGUUAGAAGACAAUGCAAAAGUAGUUCAAUGUAUAAACAUGGUAGAUCGUUAGCCAUGUUUGAUCUUAGAGUCACACAUACAGAGACAAAACAAAUAAUACUAGUCAGUAUUCUCCCAGCAAGAAAUUGUUCCGAAAGUGAGAUAUUUUGUGGAGCUUAACAUCAAGUUGUAAAAAUCUUCCAACUGUUUCGAGAUAUUGUUUUGAUAUUCAACGCCAAUGUAUGAUGUAUUGUGUGUGUUUUUUUAUAUAAAGUGCUGUGUUACAGAUAAAAAUGCCACAAGCCGUGACUUGUUCUAAAAAUGUUUAUAAAAUAAACUCCAUAAUAGAUUA